AUGCAGCUCCAGGCCUCCUUCUCCUUUUUCCUGAUCCUUACCUUCUGCCAAGAGCUUUGCUCAGAACCAAGACAAGUAGCCAGGAAGUCCUUACCGUCUAUGUGCACACUUCCCAUGGAAAAAGGCGAAUGUCGCGCCAUCUUCGUGAGAUGGUACUAUGAUACCAAAACUAAGAAGUGUGACUGGUUCCACUAUGGAGGCUGCAGAGGCAACGAGAACAACUUUCUGAGCAGAAACCAGUGCCAGACAGUCUGCGCAAGCACCUGACUUGUCAAGCCGUCCCAGCCCUCCACCGAGUCAAGCUCCCUAAGGGACCCCCUGAAGGCUUUUGCUUGUGAAUAAAAAGUGCAUUUCUCUAAAUACGUUUCCCUAAGAUUACGUCUACCGGAAUCGAAUAAAUGUUGUCAUCCUGUUUAAAA